UACAUUAUAUUGUGUGCUCUAAAGAAUAGAGAUUGAUUAGGGUUCAUCAAAUUUCGGGAGCUGGGAUUUUCAUAUAAUUCGCUUUUGCAGUAUUACAGCACAGCCUCACAGGAGGAAGAAAGUAUAAAUCUCCACUAUAAACAGUAUUAACAUGUCGAUCGAGGAGUUGAAGAUUCGUAGUGAGCUGGAGAACGACGUCGAACGAGACUUGGAGGAAGAAAUCAAGGAUGGAAUUUACCAUCUUGCUCUACGAUUGCAUAGGCUUUAUCAGCACCAGAAAGAAAGACAUACUAAUACAGAAACCAAACCUAAAUCUGCAAGAAAAAUGCUGUCCGAGGUUAACAUAAGCAUUAAAAUGGAAGGAGGAACCACCAUUCAAAUAAAAGAGAUAAAAAAACAAGAAAAGAUACCUCCAAAUCCAAUGACUUCUACACCAGCAAAUAAUAAGAAGGUUGAUUGGGAAAAGACACUUCGAUCAAAUCGAGGUAUCACUCCAUCCAUUAAGAGUAAUAAAACUGAAAGUAAACACGUCAGCCAUUUGAGGAAGAAGCCUGCGAAUAUUGGGAAAAUCAAUAUUUCAAAUGCUUCAAGGCAGAGAAAAGUGGACUUGGGAGCCAAGACUGCACUACUGGAGCUAGGAUGGAAAUAUUAGGGUUUGCUUUGGAUUUGUUCAAAUAUUGAGUGUGUUAGUGUAUAAAUAAUACAGGGCUUGAAGGAAUUUGUGUGUGUGAAAUACCUUUUGAGCUUAGACUGGAAUCUGCCAUGAUCACAAAUCUGUGAAUUUGUCAAACUUUUUUUUUUUUUUUUUCUCCCUUGUAAUUUGGACUUGUAUAUUAUAUGAAGAAGAAUUUCUUCAACAUGUACAGUCCUGGGCUGGUGCAGCCCAAGAUUUGGUUGGCCCGAUAAAAAAUGUGGCCUGUGUUGAUUAUGUAGUUAACUUGGAUCUGGCCCAAAGGAGAUGGGGGUAAGUUGACCCGCUUUACACCCUUUAUUGUGGCAAAUAAAUCCUCUUAAACUCUCUCUC